CGUCACUCUACCUCGACUUCCUCGCCAGAGUCGAGCUUUAAGCGUUGUCAGAAAAAUGAAAAUGUCCUCGUCACUCUGCUCGACUUUGCUGCUGAUCGGCAUCUUCCCGCUUGUUUCUGGAGAUCAGAAAAGUGUCACAGCUGUGUCUGGACAGGACGUCAUUCUGCCAUGUCAGGUUCCAAACAACCACCACUCCAUCAUCAUUGUAGAGUGGAGCAGAGCUGACCUUGAGACAGAUUAUGUCCUUGUGUACCGGGAUGAGAAUUUUAUUCCAGAAGACCAGCAUGAGUCUUUUAAGAACCGAGUGGAUCUGCAGGACAGACAGAUGAAGGAUGAUGACGUGUCUUUGAUUCUGAAGAAUGUGACGACUGCUGAUAGUGGAAGCUAUAAAUGUUAUGUUGUCUGGAAAGAGAAUGACAACGUGAGGCACAGUAGUAUCAUCUUCCUGAGUGUUGCUCCUCCAGCUGCAGGUCAGACAGGAGGAGACACGGAGGAUGAAGGGAAGGAGGAUGGAGGGAAGGAGGCUACACAGAGGAAAAAUGGAUCUGUUGGGCUGAAAGUUUGUCUGACAGUUUUUAGUAUGCUUCUUCUUGUUGCUGUUGGUUUUGCAGUCUAGAGAACAACAGACACUUCCUGCUGAACAGCAGCUUGUUUGAAAUGUCCCAAAGAUUUUAAAGGAUUGACUCCGAGUCUCCUGUUUAGGUUCCAACUUUGGUGUUGUCAUUGAAAAUUUGAAAGUGAAUAUAAUCUCACGAUACACAGAAAUGAGCAAUGCUGAAGAUUCAGCAGGUAGAUGCCAAAUUUGUAGAUUUUGAUUUGAUUUUAAAUUUGUAUGUCAUUUGUAUGAGAUGUUUGUCCACCAGAGAGUACCCUGAGUGAGUGAGUACCCUGCAUCCAUGUUGGCAACAUGGUUGGAGCACCACAAAUGCAAUUAUCUCAUAUGAAUGGAGUUGGAGCGUACACAAACUGUGGGCCAUAAAAAAAGUGAACCAACCUCCUUUGGUGAAAUAAUGUUUAAAUUACUAACUAGUCGUUAGAAAUUAAAUUCUGCCCUUUAGAUACCAUAUUUCCUUUUGCUAACAUAUGAUCAGUUUGUAAUUCCCUCCCUUGGAAUGUAUAAAAGUUCUUCUGUUUCUGAGCGUUCAUGAUUUAGACCUGUGAUGUUUUGAUGUGUGUUUGCUCUUCUGCUUGCAUGCAGUAAUAAAAUAGCUUG